CAUAACGAAUAUAAAUAAAUAAUCUAGUUAUUUAAUUCAUGGUCUUACAGCGAACACUGAGGAAAAUAUGCAACAACGUGUUGUUCUCACCCAAGAGUCUUGACACGAGCCAAGACCUCAGACGUGAGAAGCUGCAAGAACUCCUCCACGAUAUCCACCACUGCAGCCUUGAAGGUGAAGCAGUGGGUAUCGGAAAAGUGGCUUUCAAGAGUGCUAUAAAUAUGUUGUCAAACACUUUUUUCUCUUUGGAUUUGGCUCGCUCUGCAGGUUCAGCUGAAGAUUUCAAGGAGCUGGUGAUGAGUAUCAUGGAGGAUUUAGGGAAGCCGAACUUGGCUGAUUUCUUCCCUGUGCUGAAGAGUGUUGAUCCGCAGGGUUUCAAGAGUCGAAUAUCUCAUUCUACUGGGAAGAUCAUUGAUAUCUUUAAUUGUUUGGUUAAUCAACGCUUGAAGAUUCGGGAUGUCCAAGGCUUUGACACGAAUAAGGACAUGUUAAAUACCUUGCUCAAUAUUGCUCAAGGGAAUAACGAAAUGAAAGGAACCCAAAUUGAACAUUUAUCUCUGACUCUAUUUGUUGCUGGAACGGAAACAAUUACAACUAUGCUAGAAUGGGCAAUGGCAGAACUACUCCAAAAUGAAAAGGCAAUGUCAAAAGCAAAACAAGAGAUGAAGAAAAUCAUUGGCAAAGGUAAACCCGUUGAGGAAUCAGAUAUUGCUAGGCUUCCUUAUUUACAAGCAGUGAUAAAGGAAACCUUCCGUUUGCACCCUCCAGUCCCAUUUUUAAUCCCUCGGAAGGCCAAUGCAAACGUGGAAAUUUGUGGCUACACAAUCCCCAAAGAUGCACAUGUUCUAUUCAAUGUGUGGGCUAUUGGAAGAAACUCAAGCAUUUGGGAAAAUGCAAAUUUGUUUUCACCAGAAAGGUUCUUAAGCUCUGAAAUUGAUAUCAAAGGUCACCAUUAUGAGCUUACACCAUUUGGUGCUGGGCGGCGAAUUUGUCCUGGAGUACCAUUAGCUAUGAGGACAUUGUAUUUGAUGUUGGGUUCACUAAUUAACUGUUUCAAUUGGAAACUUGAAGAUGGAGUGACAAUAGAUGAUAUGAACAUGGAAGACAAAUUUGGCAUAACCUUAGUAAAGGCGCAACCAGUGAGAGUCAUUCCAGAGAAAAUAAACAAUUAGAAAAGUCCAAAAAUUAAGUUUCAGAUUGUGGAAUAAAGUUAUGAUUGGAGUGUAUUGGUCAUUUCCUCUAGUA